AUCCUCCCAGAGGAAGUCUGACUUCACAGACAGUGACUGAGGCACAUCACUAUUUAACCAGUUAUACAGCUGAUAUUCCCUGAGAUGAAAGUGAUUCCUCUGUUACACUUCAGCAGGCAGCUGACUAGGGGUCUCCUUUCUCAGAAGGGGCUUCAAGUGAGAUCAUGCAACCUAGCUGUUUGUACUCUGCAACAUAAAGAUGCUAACUUGCACCCUUUGUGGAAAGGGACAAUUGAUGUUCCUGGUGGAUCCCGACAAUCUCCAAUUGAUAUUCGUGUACGCGACAGUGUUUUUCAUCCCCAUCUAACCCCUGUUAAAACCCACUAUGACCCAAACACGUGUCUUCACAUCUGGAAUAAUGGAUAUUCUUUUCUUGUGGAAUAUGAUGACUGUACUGAUAAAUCAGUGGUAAGUGGGGGACCCUUGGAAAAUCCAUUCAGACUGAAACAGUUUCAUUUCCAUUGGGGAGUGCACAAUGACUGGGGCUCGGAGCAUACAGUGGAUAGCAAGGUGUACCCUGCAGAGCUUCACCUUGUGCACUGGAAUUGCUCUAAAUACAAAACCUUUGAAGAAGCAAUCAUGGAGGAAAACGGUUUAGCAGUAAUUGGAAUAUUCUUAAAGAUGGGCGCGCACCAUCAGAAGAUGCAGAAACUGGUUGACAUUUUGCCAUCAGUGAGAUAUAAGGACUCGCUUACAGAAUUUAAUUAUUUCGAUCCGUCCUGUCUUUUACCAUCCUGCAGUGAUUACUGGACUUACUCUGGCUCUUUAACCACGCCACCACUGACAGAAUCUGUGACCUGGAUUAUAAUGAAGAAACCUAUAGAGGUUGACCACAGUCAGCUUGCAGUGUUUCGCAGUCUUCUUUAUACUGCAGUUGGAGAGGAAGAAAAAUACAUGGUGGACAACUUCCGUCCUCUUCAGCCACUGAUGAAUCGCACAGUACAUUCCUCUUUUCAGCCAGCGCUAAAGUUGUCCGAUGUAAAGAAGUCGGAAAAGCACAGGCAACAGGCUGGAUAAUCCUUCAACUGCUCUGAAGUUCCCUUCGGCAUAGAAGUGCAAAUGUAACGGACAUAAAAUUUUAACCAUAUCGGAAAAAAAAGCUUAAUAUGAGAUUAGUGUCCUAACAUUUGGAAGUAGCAGUCUUUAAUUAUUGAGAAGCACUUAGCCCUUCCCAAGGAAAUCCUUACUCUUGGCUGCAGUGAUACUGGUUGUAUCAGUAAACUUCUAUAAAUUGUCUGUAAUUAAAAAAAAAAACUAUAGAGUCUCUAAUGCAGGAAAAUAAACUUUUAUAUUAAAGGGGGAACUGUAUGAAAAAAACUUGAGGAUAUUAUGACCGCGUUCUGCACCUUAUUAGAUUCUUGCUUGCUUGACAUAGGGAAUCAAUAGCAGAAACCUGUCUAUCUCCCCAUUUCUGCUGUGCCUUUUCUCUUUGUGGAAAGAGCACUUCUGUUUGUUUAAUCUGGUUAUGGUGCUACAUCUAAUAGGUGGCUACACUUGCAGAAACCAGUGAGGUAAUAUCUUGUAAAUGUAAACUCUUUUGGGUCAUGUCAUUUAAAAUGUAGAAAUGUCCUUACAAACAAUGAAUUUAGUUUUACAUUGUAUUAAAUUAAUACUGUAUUUUUUUUUUUUUUUUUCUGUAAUUUGGGAAAAUGCAGUCUACAAAAUUACUACAAACCUCCUGGUAACUGUUGUGGUGCAGGAAUUUAUAUUGAUAGUGAAAAAUAAUGAAACUGUUUUGAAUAGUUGUUGUUGGUAACUAGGGGACCGAAUAUGCUCUAUAUAAUAUGAGCUGUUAAGGUUUUGUAAUUCUCAUAUCACUUUGGACCUUUCUUUGAAGCAUCUAAGUUUGGCAGCUCAGUAAAAUGUUGUAGUAAAUUGUAAUUUAGGAGAAAAUCCCCAGUGUUUGCUGUGAUCACAUUAUGGAUUUUAUUGAGUUGCUCACAUUUGAGCACUACAAAUAAGUAUUUAUUAAUAUUAAUGGUGAUAAAGCCAAAUUACAAAGGGCCUAUAAGAAGCUGGUUUUAAAUAAUGGCCAAAUUGUUUAAAGAGGGGAUUUAAUGCAGACUUUCACCCAUUUUAUUACCUAUCUGCCAGUGAGCACAAAUAAGUUAUGCAAAGUGCAUUUCCUGCUAGUUUACUUUAAAGCAUCUUUUUCCUAACCUGAAAUGAAUAUAAAAUAAAUAAGGUAAUAACAUGUCAAAUUAGGCGUUUUUAUAACCAUAAAAGACACAUCUAGCAAAAAAUGAAUAAAUUAACCCUUUCUAUUUGUGCGCCGGCAGUCAAUCCCAAACCCAGUAUUGGAGUAUACACUUUUAUAGAUAUAAAACACCUGAUUGUAUAUGCUGUUGCCUUUUUAUAAUCAAUCUGAAAGUAAGUGGCCCACCCAUUUACAAACACCUACAUUUCAUAAAUCACUUAGUAAUUUUCUGUAAAAACAAUUUCUGUUUGAGUAGUUUAGUUUGGAAAUAAUUCAUAAUGAAUAAUAUUGAAUAUGUGAAAACUCCCUUUUUUAGAGGCUUAGAAAUACAAGACAAAAAUGAAGCAA